CUGAGCAUCGCCGUGGUGCUGGUGGGCAACUCCAGCGAGGUGGCCCUGGCCGACGGGCGGGAGAAGGACGACUUCCUGUACAUGCCCCUCCUGCCCAACGUGGAGCUGGUCACCAUGAACGAGACCGACCCCAAGAGCAUCAUCACGCGCAUCUGCGACCUCAUGACCAAGUCCUGGCUGCAGGGCGUGGUGUUCGGGGACGACACCGAUCAGGAGGCCAUCGCCCAGAUCCUGGACUUCAUCUCGGCCGAAACGCACAUCCCCAUCCUGGGCAUCCGAGGCGGGUCCUCCAUGAUCAUGGCUGCCAAGGACGAUAACUCCAUGUUUUUCCAGUUUGGCCCCUCCAUUGAGCAGCAGGCCUCGGUCAUGCUGAACAUCAUGGAGGAGUACGACUGGUACAUCUUCUCCAUCGUUACCACCUACUAUCCCGGCUACAAGGACUUUGUCAAUAAGAUCCGCAGCACCAUCGAGAACAGCUUCGUGGGCUGGGAGCUGGAGGAGGUGCUGCUGCUGGACAUGUCUGCGGAGGACGGCGACCUGAAGAUCCAGAACCAGCUGAAGAAGCUGCAGAGCCCCGUCAUGCUGCUGUACUGCACCAAGGAGGAGGCGUCCACCAUCUUCCAGGUGGCCCACUCUGUGGGCCUGACGGGCUACGGGUACACCUGGAUCGUCCCCUCGCUGGCAGCCGGGGACGCCGACACCGUGCCCGCAGAAUUCCCUACAGGUCUGAUCUCCGUGUCGUAUGAUGAGUGGGACUACGGCCUGGAGGCCAGGGUACGUGACGGGGUGGCCAUCAUCGCCAUGGCAACCGCCACCAUGAUGCUCGACCGGGGGCCGCACACCCUCCUGAAGUCGGAAUGCCACGGGGCGCCGGACAAGAAGGGCCCAAGCGCCGGGAACCCCAACGAAGUGCUCAGGUACCUCAUGAAUGUGACAUUUGAGGGGCGCAACCUGUCCUUCAGUGAGAAUGGCUAUCAGAUGCACCCCAAACUGGUCAUCAUUCUCCUGGACAAGGAACGCAAAUGGGACAGGGUGGGGAAGUGGGAGAACGGCUCUCUGAGUAUGAAGUACCACGUGUGGCCGCGCUUCGAGCUGUACUCGGACACGGAGAACCGCGAGGACGACCACCUGUCCAUCGUCACGCUGGAGGAGGCGCCCUUCGUCAUCGUGGAGGACGUGGACCCGCUGAGUGGCACCUGCAUGAGGAACACCGUGCCCUGCAGGAAGCAGCUGAAGAUCUUAAAUCAGACAAAGGAUUCGGGCAUCUACAUCAAGCGCUGCUGCAAGGGCUUCUGCAUCGACAUCCUGAAGAAGAUCGCCAAGAACGUCAAGUUCACCUACGACCUCUACCUGGUCACCAACGGGAAGCACGGCAAGAAGAUCAACGGAACCUGGAACGGCAUGGUCGGCGAGGUGGUGUUGAAGAAUGCCCAUAUGGCAGUGGGCUCCCUGACCAUCAAUGAGGAGAGGUCGGAGGUCAUCGACUUUUCCGUGCCCUUCAUAGAGACUGGCAUCAGUGUAAUGGUCUCCCGUAGCAACGGCACUGUCUCGCCCUCAGCCUUCCUGGAGCCGUUUAGUGCAGACGUUUGGGUGAUGAUGUUCGUGAUGCUGCUGUUGGUGUCGGCGAUGGCUGUCUUCAUAUUUGAGUACCUCAGUCCUGUUGGUUAUAAUCGCUGUCUUGCGGAUGGGAGAGAGCCUGGGGGUCCCUCCUUCACCAUCGGAAAGGCCAUCUGGCUGCUCUGGGGCCUGGUCUUCAACAACUCCGUCCCCGUGCAGAACCCCCGCGGCACCACCAGCAAGAUCAUGGUGUCCGUCUGGGCCUUCUUCGCUGUCAUCUUCCUGGCCAGCUACACUGCCAACCUGGCCGCCUUCAUGAUCCAGGAGGAGUACGUGGACCAGGUGUCCGGGCUGAGCGACAAGAAGUUCCAGAGGCCCAACGAUUUCUCUCCGCCAUUUCGGUUCGGGACGGUGCCCAACGGGAGCACGGAGAGAAACAUCCGGAACAACUACAAGGAGAUGCACACCUACAUGGUGAAAUACCACCAGAAGAACGUGGACGAGGCGCUGUACAGCCUGAAGAUGGGGAAGCUGGACGCCUUCAUCUACGACGCGGCCGUGCUCAACUACAUGGCGGGCCGGGACGAAGGCUGUAAGCUGGUGACCAUCGGCAGCGGGAAGGUCUUCGCCUCCACGGGCUACGGCAUCGCCAUCCAGAAGGACUCCAGCUGGAAGAGGGCCAUCGACCUGGCCAUUCUGCAGCUCUUCGGAGACGGUGAGAUGGAGGAGCUGGAGUCUCUGUGGCUGACGGGAAUCUGCCAUCACGAGAAGAACGAGGUGAUGAGCAGUCAGUUGGACGUGGACAACAUGGCGGGCGUGUUCUACAUGCUGGGCGCGGCCAUGGCUCUUUCCCUCAUCACCUUCAUCGCCGAACACCUCUUCUACUGGCAGCUGCGCUUCUGCUUCAUGGGUGUCUGCUCUGGCAAGCCGGGCUUCACCUACUCCAUCAGCAGGGGCAUCUACAGCUGCAUUCACGGAGUCCAGAUUGAAGAGAACAAGUCGGCGCUCAACUCCCCCUCGGCCACCAUGAACAACACGCACUCCAGCAUCCUGCGUCUGCUGCGCACCGCCAAAAACAUGGCGUCCCUCUCGGGCGUCAACGGCUCGCCGCACAGCGCCCUGGACUUCAUCCGCCGCGAGUCGUCCGUGUACGACAUCUCGGAGCACCGCCGCAGCCUGGCGGGCCACUCGGACUGCAAGGCCCCGUACCUCCCCGAGGACAACAUGUUCAGCGACUACAUCAGCGAGGUGGAGAGGACGUUCGGGAACCUUCACCUGAAGGACAGCAACCUGUACCAGGACCACUACCUGCACCACCACCCGAGCUCGGCCACCCCGCUGGGCCUGGCCGGGCCCCCGCCCAACCGGCCUCACAGCCUGGGAAGCAGCAGCUCCCUGGAGGGGGGCAUGUACGACUGCGACAGUCUCGGGGGUGGGGUGGCCCCCAUAUUCACCACCCAGCCCCGGUCCUCCAUCACCCACAGGAACAAUAAGUUUGACCUGAUCGCCGGGCAGACACCACCCUCCGGCCCCGGUUUUCAGCCGGGCCUGCCCGACAUAUACGGGAAGUUCGGCUUCAAAGGCGCGGCGUCCAGCUCAGGGUUUAUCGCGGGACACGAGCGGUACUGCGGGGCGGGGGGCGGGAUGAGCGGCGACGACGGGAACAUCCGCUCCGACGUGUCGGACAUCUCCACCCACACCGUCACCUACGGCAACCUGGAGGGGAACGCCAAGAAGCGCAAGCAGUACAGGGACAGCCUGAAGAAGAGGCCGGCUUCCGCCAAGUCGCGGCGCGAGCUGGACGAGAUCGAGCUGGGCUACCGGAGGCGGCCCCACCACUCGGGACACCACCACUACCACGGCCCCCAGACCCACCGCUCGGCCUCCCCGCCCCCUGGACCCUCCGAGCGGAAGAGCCAGAGGGGCGGGGCCGGCGGGAACUGCUCCUCGUACUUAUUCCGCGACAAGGAGAGCCUGAGAGACUUCUACCUGGACCAGUUCCGCCCCAAGGAAGGGGUCCCGCAGUGGGAACAUGUGGAUUUGACUGACGGGCCCAGGGGGGGCAGCAGUGGCGGGGGUGGGGGUAGCAGCUUGGUAGGGGUGGAGGAUUUCUUGAAAAGCAAAAGCAAGAAGACGGAGUGUAAGGGUGGUGGGCAGACCUGUGGGGGCCUGACAGGGGGCGAGUGGGAGUGUCGAAACUGCCGCGCCAGCGUAGGAGGACCCAAACCGAUGCUGCACGGGGGUGGGGGUGGGGGGUACGGAGGCGGGCCGGGAGGGGGCGGCUCGGGGGGAGGGGGCAGCCGUCCCAGCUCUGCCUCCGCCUGCAUGCGGUGCGACGCUUGCAAAAAGACAGGCAACCUGUAUGACAUCAGCGAGGACAACAACCACCUUUUGGAACAGCUGGGGGACAGUUACUCCAUGGAGGGUGGGAAGGGGGGGAUCGGGCAGCCGCUGACCCAAGCCCAGCGCCGGAGGCCCAGUCUGGGGGGCAAGCCCUUGCGCAGGCAGCACUCGUACGACACGUUCGUCGACCUGCAGAAGGAGGAGACGGGAGGGCUCGGAGGCGGGAUGGGGGGCCUGGGCGUGGGGGGCGGCGGGAUGGGGGGCAUGCUGCCCCCGCCCAGGAGUGUGAGCCUGAAAGACAAAGAUCGCUUCAUGGAGGGCGGGAGCCCAUACUCGCACAUAUUCGACAGGCACGGGGGGUCGGAGCGCGAGCGAGUCAGCGACCGGGAUCCGCUGUUUUUGGCCGGGGAGAGAGGGAAAGGGGGCUCUCCUUUCGGGCUGUUCCGGGGAGGUGAGGGGGUGCUGCACCGUCGGUCGUUCGGAGACAGAGACCGAGACAGAGGGAUGAUGGGGGAAGGGGGCGGAAUGGGAGGUUUCUCCUUGUCCAAGUCUCUGUACCCGGACAGGGUGAACCAGAACCCCUUCGUCCCCACGUUUGGCGAUGACCAGUGUCUUUUGCACGGCGCCAAACAGUCCUACUACGAGAAGAAGGAGCAGCAGCCGCAGUUCCAUAAGAGCAGCCCCACGGACUUCAGGGGCUCCAUGGGCGCGGCUUCCUUCCUGCCCGCCUCGGCCGCCGCGGGGGUGCUGUCCAACGUGGCCCCCAGGUUCCCCAAGGAGCUGUGUCUGGGGGGGCCCCUGGGCAACCACCUCGGGGCCCCCAGCAACAACAAGCUGCUGUCCGCCAGGGAUGGCCUCUGCGUCCAGCGGCCCUUCAACAGCUCCAGCAACGGACAUGUCUACGAAAAGCUGUCGAGCAUCGAGUCCGAUGUGUGA